AUGGCCACAGCAAUCAGUCUACAGAGGGAUCCCAAUACCCUUUCUAACUACAAUGUCUUUCGCACUUCUCGGACCACUGUCAACUUCGAUAUUCUAUUUGAUAAGCAGCAGCUCACUGGAAAUGUCAUUCACCAGUUGAAAUCACUCUCCAAUGCUGAAUGCCGUGAGAUCAUAUUAGAUUCUAGCUUUCUUAACAUUCGCGAAGUUAGGGUUGAUGGCAAGCAAAACGAAUGGGAACUACUUCCUCGCCAGGAGCCGUAUGGCAGUGCCUUGAAGGUACCCCUGGCUGAGGGUGUCGCUUUUGGCAAAACCAUUGAUAUUGAUAUCUCUGUUGAAACAACCGAGAAAUGCACUGCGUUGCAGUGGCUGACUCCAGCCCAAACAUCUACGGGGAAGCACCCUUAUAUGUUUACCCAGUGUCAGGCCAUUCAUGCCAGAUCCAUAUUUCCAUGCCAGGACACUCCAGAUGUCAAGGCCUUUUUUGAUUUCAAUAUCUCGUCUCCCCUUCCAGUUAUUGCCAGCGGUGUACCUGUUAGGGAUGCUUCAUCAUCAUCUUUGCUAUCUACCAACAAGGUUUAUCAAUUCCACCAGAAGGUGCCUAUUCCAGCAUAUCUUUUUGCGAUUGCUAGUGGUGAGAUUGCGGAGGCACCUAUCGGCCCCAGGAGCAGGGUUGCUGCCAGCCCUGAUAAACUUGAGGAGUGUAAAUGGGAACUUGAAGCCGACAUAGAAAGGUUCAUGCAAGCAAUUGAUAAAAUUAUCUUCCCGUAUAUCUGGGGAGAAUAUAACGUUUUGAUACUUCCUCCAAGCUUCCCAUACGGGGGAAUGGAAAAUCCCAUUUUCACCUUUGCCACGCCUAGUUUGAUCUCAAAGGAUCGACAAAACGUUGAUGUUAUUGCCCAUGAGCUUGCGCAUAGCUGGAGCGGUAACCUUGUCACGAACGCAUCGUGGGAGCACUUUUGGCUUAAUGAGGGUUGGACCACAUACUUAGAGAGAAGGAUUCUGGCAGCAGUGCACGGUGAACCGUACCGUCACUUUUCGGCCAUUAUCGGCUGGAAAGCCCUAACAGAGUCAGUCGAACGUUUUGGUAAAGACCAUGAGUUUACCAAACUCAUCGUUGAUCUGAAAGGAAAAGACCCAGACGAUGCGUUUUCCAGCAUACCAUAUGAAAAAGGUUUCAUUUUUUUGUUCCACCUUGAAAAUCUCAUCGGCAAGGACAAGUUUGACCAAUUUAUUCCUUACUACUUCUCGAAAUAUAAAGAGUUGUCCCUUGAUUCCUAUGAAUUCAAAUCGACCAUAAUCGACUUCUUCUUGUCCGACUCCGAAGCCCAUGUCUUGCUUACCUCCCUUGAUUGGGACAAGUGGUUCUUCUCACCGGGGCUUCCGCCAAAACCGGAUUUUGACACCUCAUUGGUUGAUGUCGUUUACGAUCUGGCGAAGAAAUGGCUAACAGCCUCUGAAUCAGGAUUUGUGCCAACUGCAGCUGAUGUUAAGGGAUUGGAUGCGAACCAGAUUGUAGUUUUCCUCGAGCAGGUGCUGUUAUUCGAUAAGCCUCUCACACCAGAGCAAUCAAGGUUGAUGGGGGAUGUGUAUGGGUUUGCGAAGGGUGAAAACGCGGAGGUUUCAAACCUGUACUUUCAAGUCGGGUUGAAAGUUGGGGACAGGAGCGUCAUCGAACCCAUGGCUGCAUUAUUGGGCAGCAUAGGGCGAAUGAAAUAUGUCCGUCCUUUGUACCGCGCACUUGAGAAAUUUGACCGCAGUAUUGCCAUUGAACUUUUUGAGAAAAACAAAGAUUUCUAUCAUCCUAUUUGCAGAGGCUUGGUGAAAAAAGAUUUGUUUGGUAGUUAG